UGGUUUCGUAUUUCAACCGUAGCAGAGUGCAGACUCGAACUUUUCAGUCUCUGCCGCUGCUUCUACUACCGGCUUAGUCUCAGUUCGUCUGAACGAAGAAAAAAAAAAAUAUGCGGAGGCUCCUGCUGGUUUCUAAUUCUACUCUGUACGGCAGCGGAUACUUGGACCACUGUGAGGAGAAUAUUCGCUCCUUUUUCUCCCGUGAUGUGAAACGAGUGCUGUUUGUGCCGUACGCGCUACACGACAGAGAUGAAUAUGCUAAAAUCGCCAGGAACAAGUUUCAAUCCCUGGGCUAUGAGGUUGACAGCAUCCACGAAGCAGCCGAUCCUGUGGAGGCCGUCAGGAAAGCUGAAGCUAUUUUCAUCGGUGGAGGAAACACUUUCCGUCUCCUAAAGUGUCUCUAUGACAACAAGCUGGUGACAGAGAUCAGAAAGCGAGUCCUUGAGGAAGGUGUCCCCUACAUGGGUUCCAGUGCUGGUACUAAUGUGGCCACCAUCAGCAUCAAUACUACCAAUGACAUGCCAAUUGUCUUCCCUCCAUCCUUCUCUGCCAUUGGCCUCGUUCCAUUCAACAUCAACCCUCAUUAUCUGGACACUGAUCCUAACAGUCGACACAUGGGGGAGACCAGAGAACAGAGAAUUACACAGUUCCACGAAGAACCGGGGACACCCUGUGUGCUGGGUCUGCGAGAAGGUUGCAUGUUGCUGGUGGAAGGAGACAAGGCCACACUGCUAGGAACAACCAAGGCCAGACUCUUCAUGAGAGGUCAACCAUCUGUUGAAUACUCCCCAGGAAGUGACCUCAGCUUUCUGCUGACUGCCGCACAGUGACCUCAGGCGCAUGAUGAUGACAUCAUAGUCAGUGUCAGAGUCUGAGCCAUUUACUGGAAGUGAAUAAAGUUUUGAAGCCGU